CUAAGCCAAAAGUCAUCAGUUGCACUCAAGACUUAACCAGCAAUCAAUCGAAUCGAAUAGAACGACCGGCUAGCAAGAUGCGUCUAACAAUUUUCGCCUUGAUUGGCAUCCUGUGCCUGGCCUGCGCCUACGCUUUGGAUGAUGCCACCGCCAACAACAACGAGCAGUUGAUCGGACUCCUCGACGUCGCCGACCAGGGAGCCAACCACGCCAACGAUGGAGCACGAGAGGCUCGCCAGUGGGGCGGCGGAUGGGGUCACCGUGGUGGCGGAUGGGGUGGACGCGGCGGAUGGGGAGGCGGCGGAUGGGGUGGACGCGGCGGCGGAUGGGGAGGACGAGGCGGAUGGGGUGGCGGCGGAUGGGGCGGCAGACACGGAGGAUGGGGCGGCGGUUGGGGCCGAUAAGGCUGUACAACUGUCAUCCCCUCGAGCUGACAUCGCUGACCACGCCUCCGGCCAAAGCCCACCAAUUGCUCCACGUCGCAGGAUCUCCACCCACUUUGGAGGUCGAGGCGUUAAUAAAGAACAUUGAAGCAUUAUAA